CGGAGGCGGCUGCUGCGGCGCGCUGUGGGCGGCCACCACGCGCUGCCGCCUGUGUCCCCACGCAGUGACGAGCACGCUGGCGGCGCUGCUGCACCACUCCAUCCUCACCAACAGCGUCUUCCUCGUGUUCGCCGUCACACAAGUACUCGUGAUGGUGGGCUACUUUACCCCCUUCCUUUUCUCACAAGACCAGGCUAUGAAAGCGGGGGUGCCACCAGAUCUAGCCGAGUGGAUCCUGCCCUCCCUAGGAGUAGCCAACGCUGUGGGACGAGGAUUGUCGGGGAUAGCUUGUGAAGUACCUGGGGUGUCGGCACUGGUCCUCUCCUGCAUCACAAUGACUAUGGCCAGUAUUGUUGUGGCCACAACCUGUGUGUGCUCAGACCCGAUUUACCAGCUAUUUGCAUCAUCAGCAUAUGGAUUUUUCAUGGCACCGUUUAUGGCAAUGAAAAGUCUCAUUUUAGUUGACUUCCUUGGAAUAGAGAGGCUUACAAACUCAUUUGGUCUCUUGCUUAUGUUCCAAGGUUUUGCCGUUAUGAUUGGGCCCCCAAUGAGUGGGUGGAUAUAUGAUAUGACACAAUCAUAUGACUAUGUAUAUAUAAUAUCUGGUUCACUGUUAUUUAUUGCUUCCGUUUUACCAUACCUCAUGUAUCCCCUGACAACUUAUGAGUUGAAAAAAGAGAUUAAACAGGCAUCACGUAGAAGUUCUUAA